AAAAUAAUAUAUCGUAGUGUUGCAAAUCGAAGAAUCGUAUUAGUUGUGUAUUUAUAAAAAAAGAAAAGAAUAUUUGAGCGAACGUGUCAGUGGCGCUAUCUAGCGGCAACAGUGAUAAAACUAUAGCUUUGAUGGCUAUAUGUAGUUUUCUGUGACAGAUAGGUUAACCUAAAACUUCAUAAUACGUAAAGGAUUUUUCAAAUUUUAUUUUGUCGUAGACAAUAAAAUAACAUUGACCAAACGACAAGAUAAAUCAAGAACCUGAUCAAUGAAACAGACACAUUACCUUUCAAUCCAUAACAUAACUGGAAAAAACAUAAUAUUUAAUCAUGCCGGUUUUCCAGGAAUCUUGCGCGGAGCAAAUCCAAGCUCAAACUAUUGUUAUAAUUCAUCCUGGCUCUAUGUACCUUAGAAUGGGUCGAGCAUCAGACCUGAAUCCUUGUACUAUACUAAAUGCUGUUGCGAGAAGACGUUUGCCAGAAGGAUUUGAAUACAAAGAUAGUUUAUUACCACCAGCUAUUCCACGAACAAAAGAGUUAACACAAGCAAUGGAAGAAUCACGCCUCCAGGUAUCCCAUACUUUGCAAUCUUGUCUUCAAUCUGAUGGAAGAAGAAGAUAUGCCACACCUCCACAGCAGAUAGCUGCUUUUAAUCGCAGAUCAAAUCCAGAAAUAUCCUCUCCAUGUAGCGUCGAAUGGAUAAAAACAAACAAAGACAUAGUGGUUGGAGAUGAUGUAUUGUCUUUAAAUCCAGAUGAUAAUUUUAAUAUUCACUUUCCAUAUAGGAGAGGGGAACUUAAUGUACAUUCAGGGCCUGGUGGUAGUCUACGAGCCAUCAUGGCUGACUUGAAAACAAUUUGGGAAUAUGUUCUUACAGAGAAAAUGAACAUUCCAUUAAGAGAUUUGAAACAUUACAGAGCUGUUCUCAUUGUACCAGACAUCUAUAACAGGCAAUACUUGAAGGAAUUUACAACUCUGAUGCUCUGUGACAUUGGAUUUGGAGCAUGUUUUCUCUUACAAGAUCAUGUAGCAGCUACAUUUGGUGCAGGAUUAGGCUAUGCAUGCGUCGUUGAUGUUGGAGAUCAAAAAACUUCAGUGUCCUGUGUAGAAGAUGGAAUUUCUCACAGGAAUACAAGAGUGCGUAUGGAUUAUGGAGGAGGGGAUAUCACUCAGACAUUUUUCUGGUUGCUUCAGAAGUGUGCUUUUCCAUACAAAACGUGCGAUCCUUCGAAUAAAUUAGAUGCAUUGCUUUUAAAUCAACUCAAAAAAGAUUUUUGUCAUGUUGAUUUAAAUAUAUGUGGCUCCCAGGAGAAGACAUUCGUGGUUAGGAAACCCAAACAACAAACAGAAAAAUAUACUCUUCAAGUUGGAGAUGAAUGUUUGGUAGCUCCACUUAGUUUGUUUCAACCGGAAUUAUUCAAAGUUAGUGGAAUGCAUAGCGUACACAUACAAAAGAGAUCAAUGGGAGAUCCCGAAGAUCCACACGAUGAAAAUUACUUGAGGGAAACAAGCAGAAGGGGCAUAAAAGAAAAUUUGGAGCAAACGUGUGAAAUGCAAGAGGAAGCAACUGUUCCCACGGUAGGAGGAGAAGAAGAAGUGGUGGUAGAUGCUGUGGAUUCAGCACCGAUUGCCUUGUCGAAUAGAGAUUUGGACGCUCCGCGUGAUUUUAUAGUUGGCCCCCAGCAGCUAUUAGGCCUGGAUCAUGCCGUGUUGCAAAGCAUUGAUCGCUGCCCUACAGAAGAUUUGAAAAGAAAGAUGUACAGCUGUGUACUUGUCGUGGGAUCGGGUAUGAAAUUUCAAGGCAUCGGCAUGUGGCUACAUAAUCGGAUCUCUCUUCAAAUUCCCUACAUGUACAGAGCUGAACAACUUGAUAUCAUAACACAGCCUAAAGAAAUGGACCCUGGUAUGACAGCAUGGAAAGGUGCUGCUAUCUUGAGUUGCCUGGAAUCUGCUCAAGAAUUGUGGAUUGGUCAACAAGAAUGGGAGCGCAUCGGUGUUAGAGUACUGAGAGAAAAAGCACCCUUCAUGUGGUGA